CUAAGGCGGCGGCGGCGAGCGGGGGUCCGGGCGGCAGCGGCGGCGGCAGCGGGCCGAGGACCCGGGCGCGAUGGAACGGAAGAGGUGGGAGUGCCCGGCGCUCCCGCAGGGCUGGGAGAGGGAAGAAGUGCCCAGAAGGUCGGGGCUGUCGGCCGGCCACAGGGAUGUCUUUUACUAUAGCCCAAGCGGGAAGAAGUUCCGAAGCAAGCCUCAGCUGGCGCGCUACCUGGGCGGCUCCAUGGACUUGAGCACCUUUGACUUCCGCACAGGCAAGAUGCUAAUGAGCAAGGUGAACAAGGGCCGGCAGCGGGUGCGCUACGACUCCCCAAGCCAGGUCAAGGGAAAGCCUGACCUGAACACGGCCCUCCCAGUCAGGCAAACAGCAUCCAUCUUCAAGCAGCCAGUGACCAAGAUCACCAACCAUCCCAGCAACAAGGUGAAGAGUGACCCCCAGAAGGCUGUGGAGCAGCCCCGGCAGCUCUUCUGGGAGAAGAAGCUGAGCGGCCUGAAUGCCUUUGACAUCGCAGAGGAGCUGGUGAAGACCAUGGACCUCCCCAAGGGUCUGCAAGGAGUGGGUCCCGGCUGCACAGAUGAGACACUGCUGUCGGCCAUCGCCAGUGCCCUGCACACCAGCACCACGCCCAUCACCGGGCAGCUCUCAGCUGCUGUGGAGAAGAACCCGGGGGUGUGGCUCAACACAGCCCAGCCGCUCUGCAAGGCCUUUAUGGUGACUGAUGAGGACAUCAGAAAGCAGGAGGAGCUGGUGCAGCAAGUCCGCAAGCGGCUGGAGGAGGCACUGAUGGCCGACAUGCUGGCCCACGUGGAGGAGCUGGCCCGGGACGGUGAGGCACCGUUGGACAGGGCGGGCGCUGAUGAGGAGGAGGACGAAGAGGAGGAGGAGGAGGAGCCUGACCAGGACCCGGAGAUGGAGCAUGUCUAGAGCAGGUGCCACCAGGCCUGGGGCCUUUUGUGCCUGUGGCGGCAGCGCUGGGCUGGCCAGGCACUCACGCCACCCAAUCUGUCUCUGCAGGGGCCCCGCCUGCCAGCCCGCCCGCAUGGGGCCACCUCAGACUCGGCCCUCACCCUGCCCUGGCGUGCCCCCUCCCCUGGGCCACAGGAGCUCGGCUGAAGGACAGCCGCUCGCCUGACGGACCCCCCACAUCUGCUUCUCUGAAGGGCCCGGCCCGUCCGCAGGGAGGCCCCCGCUCAGGUGGUGGCUCCACGACGCACUCAGGCCAGCCUGGUCCCCACGGCCACUGCCCUGAGCUCCGCACACAGGACAACUGCCACCAGGCUGCCUGCAAGGCUCCCCAGGACUGGAGAAACCUGUGUGGAACAGUCUCGCCUCCGACUUGUGCCCAUGAGGGGUGAUGUCCCAGGCUCCGUGUCAGCGCUCCCAGAGGCAGCGCAGGAUGGCUCCCCAGACCCACCGGCUGGGCGCAGCUCACCCGCAAUAAACUCACGGUCCCGUGGGGGCCAGACGUCUCCAUUGCUGCGAACCUUCUGUUGGCUGCACACAGACGGGAACUCGGGCCUCGGCACCUGAAGACCUCGCUGUCUCCGACCCGGCCUAGCCCAGUGGUCAGCACCAUGGACGGAGAACUAACUGCUCACAGCUAGACUCGGGCCAGGCUCCAGGGUAGCGCCACCCUCGAGCCUGGGUCUCACCAGGUGCAUUUCCUGCCAGCCUGCGUGGCAGCCUCCACAGAGCAAGGCGAGCAGAGUCGUGUUGCCCCACUCCCAACAGCCGGAGGGCCUGGGCGAAGGGAGACCCUGCUGCUUGAGUUGAACCUGGCCAGCACCCUCGCCACAGCCCAUCCAUCAGCCUGGAGGCUUGAGCCACGGCCGGUGCGGCCUGUGAACACCAGACCUGUCCCGUGCCUGCUGCACCUGUGGCCAUGACUGUCCGGAGAGGCCCGGGUCACUGCCUCUUUUGUCCGGACUCCCUGGGCUGUGGUGGCCUGCUGGCGGGGUGGUGGUGGCCUUGGGAACCUCCGGGGGCCGGGUCACACUGCCGGCUCCCUCUGAGGACACCAGCCCGGGAGGCUGGCUGACCCGGUCCUCCCAAGUUCAGUCAAAGCACACAGCCUUGAGGACCGGCACUGCCCCAUGGAGGCUGCAGCACCACUGCCCAGGAAGCCACAGGCCCCAGGAAGGCCCCUCCGCUGCAGCCCUGAGGGGAGCCAGGAGGCUGCAGGAGGCUUCUGUGGGUGGCGUCGAAUAAAGCGUGUCAGGCGAGUAUGG